AUGGAAAAAACAAUAAAAACUAUCGAGCAGAUCGAUGGAAUAAGACUCACAUGGAAUAUUUGGCCAGUCUUGCCAACAAAAACUGAUCUGAUACCCAUAGCGUGUUUGUACAACGUUCACCAGCCCUGUCUUUCCCUUCCAUGUGAACCUAUUCCCUGCCAGGGGUGCCAGUCAAUCCUGUGCCAGCAGUCGGUAAUAGACUUUGGAUCCAAAACAUGGGCUUGUGUCUUUUGCAAUGCUAGAAAUAUGUUGCCGCCCCAUGCUAGAGAUAUCACUCCAGAGAACAUGCUCCCAGAAUUAAUAGAAGGCAACUCUACUGUUGAGUACAUUUUGAGUAAAAGUACUUCAUUUUCUCCAGUAUUUAUACUUUUGAUAGAUAUUUGCACAUACGACCAAGAAAGACAUGAACUAAUGAAGAGGGGUCUUAUCCACACGAUUAAGAGCAUUCCAGACGAUGCUAUGGUGUGCUUGGUGUUUUUCGGCACCAACAUCACCCUGAUUUCGUUUGCAGAAGAGGAUAUGAAAUCAGUCUACCAAUUUUCAGGUAGAAAUAUGUAUACAAAGGAGAUGCUAGGAAAAUUCAAUAUUGGAGAUGUCCGAAAUUUCUUAGUAAAGAAGGAGGACAAGGUAGAGCAGAUUCUUGAAGCCAUCGAUAAUCUGGAGACAGAUCCCUUCUCAGUGUUGCAUGGAUAUAGGCCACUGAGAUGCACUGGCUCUGCAUUUUCCCUGGCCAUGUCUCUGAUAGAUGGCGCCCACUUCAGUGAGGCCAGCGUGAAGUAUAUGAUAUUUACGCAGGGCCCCUGCACCUAUGGGCCGGGAAAGAUCGCAUUGCUAGAAAUAUCAGGAUCUACCUAUGAAAAGCUGGACUUAGAGGAGUCUGCAGCCUACUUUAGAAAUCUUGCAGAUAAACUGAAUGCCUCUGGCCACAGUGUUGAUAUCAUAGCAGAGACGAUAGCGGAUAUUGGGAUAGAGCAAAUAAAGCCGCUUGUCACGCUGACAGGUGGAUGCUUGAUUAUGGCGCAGGACUUUGAUGAGGAAAUAAAAAUGAAAUCAUUGAGCAAGAUGUUUGAGAGGGAAGAGGAUGGAUUUUUAAGAGUGGGAUUCAACGUUAAGAUUCAGGUAAAGACCUCACACAACCUGGCUGUUAAGGGGAUCCUCGGGGAAGGCAAGUCGUAUGGUGCUGGAUGGAAGGUCGGGUGUGUCUAUCCCAAAACCAACAUCACAAUCCUGCUUGAGAAUACAACAACAUCCAGACCUGAGGAAUUCGGGUACGUUCAAGUAAUUACCCAGUAUCAGAGAAGCGAUAGAAAAAUAGUGACAAGGGCCACCAGCUUUAGUAGAAUGUUUACGAACGACAAGUCUAGAAUUUGUGCAGGAUUCGACCAGGAGGCAGCCUGUGUCUUCCAGGCCAGAGCUUUUCUGAUGAGAAACUUCCAGAAUGUCUAUGAUUUUGAAAAUGCUAUUGACAAGACUUUGAUUAGAUUUAUGAAGAAAUAUGGCAGCUAUUUGAAGGACAAUCCGUCGAGUGUGUCUCUGCCUGAUUCAAUGUCGUACUAUCCUAAUUUUAUGUUUUUCUUUAGAAGAAGCCUUUUGGUCCAAAAAGAUGGCAUUUCAAAAGAUGAGAGUGCAUAUUUUAGAGUUCUGCUAUUUAAAUUGAUAACCGAAGAUGCUAUUAAGCUGAUAAAGCCCUCUCUGAUUUCGUUCCAUUACCAGGGAGAUAUCAUGCCAGUUGAGCUGGACACGUCAAGCCUGAAUCCCGAGUGUAUUCUUGUCCUGGAUUCUUUCCAUAACGUUCUUCUGUGGAAGGGCAAGUAUGUCGCUGAUUGGGUAAAGGAGGGCCUGGACCAAAAACCUGAGUUUUCAUUUUUUAAAGAAAUCAUCGAGGAGGCCAAGCAGUACAGUCUUUCAUUGCUUGAUCGAAUACCAGUUUCGCAGUACAAAGAAACCAACGAGGGAAAGAGCCAGGAGAGGAUACUGCUGCACUACGUCAAUCCCAGCCAGCCCGGGCUGCUGAACACGGAAAAGAUCGACUAUGGCAAGUUUUACGACACACUCUGCCGAUUUAUUGUACGAAGUGAAUAA